AUGGCUCCAUUGAUCGAGAAUCACGCUGAAUAUGACCCGGUCCUUGAUCAAAGCCCUGUGAAUCAUACCCACGACCAAAAAAGGCCCGAUGAAACAACAUACGCCGCUGCCGGAGAUGAGGAAGCUCCGGCCACAUGGGGAAUCGGAUGGCGGUGUCCCACCCUGAUGGCUGGGUUUGUUAUUUGCGGUGCAAUGUUGUCGAUUGGCCAUCACUUCUACUACCGCAGCCUCGACAACACCCUAGUCAAGUCGGUCGACCAACAAACAUGGGCAUUGCGAAUCGGGACUGGCUUUGCCUUUUUGAUCAAAACCUUGCUGGUAUCCGCUGUGGGGAUCGCUGCGGCGCAGGAGACAUGGGCCACUCUGCGCCGGAAGAGUGUAAAGCUUCGCGGGAUUGAUGGCAUGUUUGCCGUCCUCACCAGCCCAAUCGCCUUUCUCAUCCCCGACAUCUGGAUCUACGCGAAGACUCUCACUCUACUGGCGAUUAUCUCAUGGCUUAUCCCCCUAACCGCUGUGUUUACACCUGCGACCUUGUCCGUCCGUCUUCUGACAACCACCAAUAUCACCCAACUGCGCGUUCCAACUGUGAAUUUCACAGAUUCCUUCUGGCGCCCUUGGGUAACGUUCGUAGGCAUGGGAAUGAUUGGUGAGCCCGCAUCCGACAUCAACCGCCUGUUUACAGCCACCUCCUCGUCGGCCGAAGUACUCCCCGCCUCUGCACCUUUUCCUGACUCGUCGUACACCCUAGAGUUCUGGGGCCCGUCGUACAAAUGCCAGAGCUUGAGUGAAGCACUUGGGGAGAUGCAGGGGAUGACUUUCACUGAUUCCUUGGGUCAUCGGUACAGUUCCCUGCAGAAUCUAUGGGACCACGAGAUUGGAAACGCAACGAACCUGACGAACGUCAUAUACUCGGGGACCGCUCCUAGUGCCCUGAACAAUACACUUUUCGUGUACGCCGCGGGAUCGAAUCCCCUGGGAAGCGACAACGCCACACAACCGGCCGAGCUUGUCUGUCAAUUAUGGAAUACCUCCUACGUGGUAGACCAGCGUUUUACCAACGGUGCCCGGGCUUUGACACCCAUAUCAACAGAGCUCGUAGCUCCCGCUAAUUGGAGCUCCCGGGCCGGCUCGUACGCUCUGAUAGAACGUUUAGACCCAGCAGUCAAUGGAGGUUACUAUGUCAUGCAUAUGCUAUUCUCGGGCCUUAUCCAACGCACCUUGACCAUCAGCGCUUCGGGCGGACUAGGGAGCUUUCGACCCUCCGGCCUGUCAUCUACCUCCAUGUCGAUCAUGCAAACCGGCCUUUUUGCAUGCCCAGAGCUGUGGAAUAGUACCAAUUACCAGCUGCUUGGUAUUGCGGGUGGUCAGUCGACUGUUCACUGCCGGAACAAAACAUUGGCCCGAGCAAUAGAGGAUCUCUCGCACAACUUCACCUACAGCCUCCUCAGUCUGAACGCCGCGAACACCAGCGUGCCCAUUACCGUCUCAUCACCCCAGAACUUCUACAACUACAACAGCAGGAACCUGCUUGCGGCUUACAUGACUGCCCUGGGUGUUGCUGUGGCGUGUGUUGUCGUCGGAUUCACUGCCUUGCGCGAGAAUGGCGUUUCGCAGAGCACCUCCUUUUCCAGCGUCCUGAUGACGACGCGGAAUCCCGAGCUGGAUCAUUUGCUCGUCGGUCACUGUCUAGGGUCCGACCAGUUAGACAAGACGGUUGGGAAGGUUCGGUUGCAAUUUGGGGAGAUCCAGGGUGCUCAACAGUACAGGCAUGCCGCAUUUGGAACAAAAGAUUCGGUGACUCCUCUAUCCAAGGGAGUAAAUUACUACUAG